CAUGGAAAGAGCAAAACAGCCAACAGCUCAGAGUUAGGGGACCCUAGCCAUGUGCUCUCACUUCGCUUUGACAGCACAGAGGUCGUUUUGAAGGUCUUUACAUCGGAACGUCUUUGGAGAGUUUUUGGGACACUUGGACAUGAAGGUCCUGUUUGUUCUCCUCCUGACUGCUGCGGCAGCUCACAGUCAGUCUUACCACCCUGGCAAAUGUCCCCGGCCAUCUGUUCAAGAGGACUUUGACGUUACGAGGUAUAUGGGCACCUGGUAUGAAAUUGAGAAGCUCCCAGCUGUGUUUGAGAGAGGAAAAUGUAACCAGGCUACAUACACACUGCUCACCGAUGGGACGGUCAAAGUUUACAACCAAGAGCUGCUAUCUAAUAGAAAGAUGAAUUCAGUUAAGGGUAUCGCUAAAGUUAAGAACUCAUCUCAACCUGCUAUUCUGGGUGUCAACUUCUUUAAAGGUCUUCCAGAUGAUCCCUACUGGGUGCUCUCUACAGACUACGAAACAUACUCUCUGGUGUACUCUUGCUCUGACUACUUAGGCCUCUUCCACAUUGAUUUCGCCUGGAUCCUAGCUCGCACUCGGGUGUUGACUGAGGUCGUUAUUGGCCAGUUACGUAAUGAGCUGGCCUCUGCUGGUGUGAACAUAAGUCGCCUCACAGUCAGUAAUCAGACGGGAUGUGAUGUCUUGACCAGAGCCAAACAAAACAACCGACCAAUUAUUGGUGUCCUGGCUCAAGAAGUUAAAUACCCAAAAGGAAAUGAAACCUCUUACAUCGCUGCGUCCUAUGUGAAGACUCUGGAGUCAGCAGGAGCAAGAGUUGUACCUGUCAUGAUUAACCAGCCACCAGAGUACUAUAAGAAACUCUUCAACUCCAUUAACGGGAUCUUUUACCCGGGCGGAUCUGCCAGCAUCAUGUCAUCAGGUUAUCAGAGAGCUGCGAAAGUCUUUUAUGAGCUUGCUAUUGAGGCAAACAAGAACGGCGACUAUUUCCCUGUGUGGGGCACGUGUCUUGGAUAUGAGCAGCUGGCCUGUUUGACGAGUGGAAAGAACGUACUCUCACGUACCAACACGAGUGAUGUGCCAUUACCGCUGGUCUUCACUGAUGAGGCCAAAGACAGCAGGAUGUUUGAAGGCUUCCCACCUGAGCUCAUGGAAGAAUUGGCCUCUGAGCCGCUGACAGCAAACGCUCACAAGUGGAGUGUGACAGUGCUGACUCAUAACACAAAUGAGGAGCUGAAAAACUUUUACAAAGUGCUCUCCACAAACACGGAUGGGAAAACAGAGUUUGUGUCCACGGUGGAAGCAUAUGAUUACCCAAUUUAUGGGGCACAGUGGCAUCCAGAGAAAAAUGCAUUUGAAUGGGGGAAGCCUUACGUCCCACACUCUCUAGCAGCAGUCAGGACCGCCUUCUACAUGGCUGAAUUCUUUGUCAAUGAAGCCAGGAAGAACUUUCACAGAUUUGAAUCCGAGGACGAGGAGACUAAAGCACUGAUAUAUAACUACAAUCCUGUUUUCAAAUCACCCACAAGUACCUUUCUGCAAAUGUAUUAUUUCUGAUGUUUGUUUGUGAAGGGCACUUCCUUUUGAGCAACUGAUCUGCUGUCCUGGUCACAUGACACAUGAAUGUUAGUGAAUAAUUUUAGUUGUUUGAUUUUGCAUUUGCUGCUCAUUUCAUCUGUUGAACCUGAAACUAAAGGAGGAAUACUGCAAGUUAAAAAAUCAAAUCAUGCUUUGUUGAUAUUGUAAGUGGGUUUACAGCUAAUUAAAGAAUGCAUUUCAUGAUGUUUUAAGGAUUCAA